AUGUUUCUUCUAGGUAUUAACUACAUAUUACUUUUUAUUGGCUCAAUUUCAUCAUCUUUACUCUCAAAAUUCUACUUUAAUCACAAAGGUGAUAGUCGUUGGGUUUCAACUUGGGUCCAAUCUGCUGGAUUCCCUCUUCUCCUUCUCCCAAUUUAUUUGCCUUUUUAUGUGUUUAAAUCAACUCAUAGGAAACCAUUUACAAAUCUCACUCCUAAAAUGUUGUUACUUUCUAUUGUAAUUGGUUUCUUGUUAGGUCUCAACAACCUUUUAUUUUCUUGGGGUAAUUCUUACCUCCCCGUUUCGACUAAUUCUCUUGUGUUAUCGUCACAACUAGUCUUCACUCUUAUCACUUGUGUCAUUAUUGUCAAACAAAAAAUCACAUACACGAACCUCAAUUGUGUUAUUUUACUAACGCUUAGUUCGGUCAUGUUGGCCUUGGGUUCGAGUCAUGACAAACCAAAGGAUUUGACGAAAACAAAGUAUUUUAUAGGAUUUUUCUCAACGAUUGGUGCUGGAUUAUUGUUCGCUCUUUAUCUCCCAUUAAUGGAAAAAAUAUAUAAAGAAGUUUAUUGCUAUUCUAUGGUUAUGGAAAUGCAGAUUGUCAUGGAAUUAGCAGCUACCGUUUUGGCCACGUUGGGAAUGAUUAUAGACGGUGGAUUUUCUGAGAUGAAAAAAGAGGGAAAAAAUGUGUUUGAUUUGGGUGAAAAAGCAUACUGGUUAACAGUGAUGUUUAACGUGGUGACGUGGCAGUUUUGUUUUAUGGGUACUGCUGGGAUGGUGUUCUUGACAAGUUCAUUGACAGGAGGAGUUUGCAUGACGGCGUUAAUGGCCGUUAAUGUUUUGGGAGGGGUUAUAGUGUAUGGAGAUAAUUUUGGUGGAAUUAAAGUAGUUUCGACUUUGUUGUGUAUUUGGGGAUUUUCUUCGUAUUUGUAUGGAAUGUAUAUGAAAAUGAAGGAAGAAGAGGAGAAAAAGAAGGAUGAUUCAUUAGAGAAGUUGAUUAAAAAUGAUAAAGAUGAAGAGGAGAAUAUGACAGAAAUUCAUGUAACGCACAAUACAUGA